AUGUACGCGACGAGCACACAAAAACGGGAAUGGACGUAUACGGCGGAGAAAUUGGCACAAAUGAGACACGAGGUUUGCGAAAAUGAUUUUAGGCAGAUUUGUGAAGAAGAUUGUACGAAAUUCACGGGACCCCAUGCUUCCAAUUCAUUAAUAGGGGGUGAGGGGGUAAUACUGGAGUCCGCGCAUUACCAAUUGUGGUGAAAAACAUUUUCUAAUCCGAAAGAACAUUUCGCACACGUGACCUUUAGCAAAAAAGCGCUCUCACAGUGCACACCUCUCUGCCGGAUUCUCAUAGUACUCGCGGGCAUUCUUUUUUUUUACGUAAUACAUCUGCUUCCGGGACGCUAAGUUGAACAGUAGGUGAACAGGAGACCAGUCUGCUUCGAAAUUCGCGGGAGGGUUUUCUGGUUCAAGUGCUUCUGUCCGUUCACUGAUCCGUCGCUGAUUCUUCACUUCCCCGCGUUCUCAUCCCGCUCGGCGUUUGGAAACAAGCUCAUGCAGUCAUGCGCGGAAACAAAAAUGUAAAACAAUUGUCAAAUUUCAGAAUAACACAGCUAAAAAUCAUAAUUACAAAAAGGUUGCAAAACAUCAUACUCGUAAAUGCAAAGGACUUUUUGUCAGGACUUGUAAAUUUUUAAAGUGUGGACAAAGCGUCAAGCAACAGCAACACUAGACUAAUCCCAGAGUGAUCCCGUUUCAAGAGAGAUCCUACACUAACUUUUCGGUGAUCCCGUUCUGUUUAGUAGCUCCUCACUGACUUUUUGCUCAUCGCGUUUCGCUCAUGCUUCGCUAAUUCCUCACUGCGCUCCUCAGUAAUCGGACUGUGAUUCCUCAGUGCUUAGCGUCCCCUUCAUGGACUGUUCACGGACGGAUUACAGGUUUUUGGCUAAUCAGCGUCUGCUCGGUAAUCGCUCGGUAAUUUCCGAGUGUUGCCGUUUUUCCUGUGCACGUUUUCGCUCGUCUCGAAUUGUGUCUAUCUUUCCGCUGUCUCUCAUUUCUUGCAAACUCUUCUAAUUAGAUUGCGAUCGCUGCGACUCGAUUGCAAUUGUUUCUAAUUAGAUUGCGACAUCUUCUAAUUAUCUUCUAAUUAAAGCAUCGUCUAAUCUGCUAAUUACUUUUAAUUACUAAAUCUUUGUAAUCCAAUAAGAUUUUACUGGAACUUCAAUUAAAUCUUAUUAGAUUGCGAAAUGGAGCCUUUUCUAAUUAAAUUGCAAUCGAGUUCCCAGAGAAGUCGUUCACGUGAGAAUAAACAUUUUUUUGCACCCUCCGAUAGAUUCGCUUCAAAAAUGCAAACAACAAGUUGAACAUCUCACGACGGCAUCAAUUUGGUGGCAAAGAAAAACUGCUUUUAUCAUGAGUUUUUCAAAAGAACAGUUCAAUUUGGGAUGUCACGUAAAACAAAAAUGGCAGUUCUGGAGUGUAUGCACGUUGCUCGAUUCUGAUGAGGGGAUUAUUGUGGUAUUAGAUUGGAAGGCUGGGGUUCCGUGAAAUUAGCUUAUUUUGUUAGCGAACAAUGAUUUUUCAGAUAAAUGAACGAUUCCGUCAAAAGUACGAAUCGGUGGUGGAGCCCGACGAGCUCGAGCUUUUUGUGACGCCAGACGUGGAGCUCCGAAUGCAGAGAUCCAUCGAGGACGCCGCUUUGAAGUACGGUAUCGGUCGUCAAGAAAAACAAAAAACUUUGUUUCCAGAUUUGCCGAAAAGUUCCGUCCGAACAUUUGGCCGUCGGUGAAAUGGACGGCCAUUGCGUUCUUCAAACGCGUCUAUCUUCAGUGGGUUCCGUCGGAGACGUCUUUAAGGGUUGGUUUGCGAAUUUUUGAAAAACGGACUUUUUGAAGCGUUCUCCGGAAAAUCGAAAUAUAAAACAUGUUUGCAGAUGGUGAUGAUGACCUGCUUCUAUUUGGCGAUGAAAAUCGACGAAUUCUACGUGACAAUCGACGAAUUCGUCUCGAAUAUGAAGUAAUUACCCCUCGCUUUUUCUGAAAUGUUUCAAAGAAAAUUUCAGUGUCGGAGAGCCGCGACAAAAUGCCGAACGCAUUCUGAAACUGGAGCCGGAGCUCAUGAAAUUGCUCAACUACAACUUGACGGUUCACUGCCCGUACAGGUGAUUUUUUCUGGAAAAUUCACCUAAAAUACAAAAGAGCGAUUGCAGACCGUUCGAAGGUCACCUCAUGGACAUGAAAACGAGAAUGCUCCUGCUCAACUUUGAUCUCGAAUCGAUUCGCGGAGAUUCGAUGCGUUUUCUGCAGGUGCCUUCUUCCAUUUGUUUCCGGAUUUUUAAUGGAACAAUUCCAGACCGCUCUUCAAACGGACGUUCUUUUGAUGUAUCCGCCGUCGCAAAUCGCGCUGGCCGCGAUAAAUUAUGGACUUCACGCACAAGGUAUACACGCGCUGACACUUGAAUACGCUAACCGAAAUUGUCAGAGUGUUUAGGAAAAUCCGACGAGAUACUGCGUGAAUUUCUGCGCAAAGUGCUCGGAAUCGAAGAGGAUUCGUGGGCGGCACGCGACGCGCGUCCAGAGGAUCUGGAAAAGUUGGAGAAGACUGUGACGAGGUGGACGAAAUGAGAAAAUGACGAAAUGAAAACUAUUUUUUCAGAGUCGGACAGAUAAUGCGUGAAGUCGAGCGCUCCUACGUGCCGGUUACCGAACAGGAGAGGGAAAUGCAUAAGGUUUGGAAAAAUUGAUGCAAAUUCGAUUGUUUGCGUGUAAUCCGCCACUUUGACGCCUAAAUUUGACGCCUAAAACCUGCUUCGAACGAUUCUCUUGCUAAAAAUGACACUCUCUGUCAUUGUUCACACAUUUUUAAACUAGUGAACCCAAUUUUCAUCAUCAAUAUCGGACCAGAAACUUUUAAUUUUUCAGAGCCAACUUCAACGCAUUCAAGCGCUGAUUCCGACGCUGACGCAACGCCUCAAAGAUCAGUGGAUCGCCGGCGGCGGUGUCGGAUUGAUGCCCGGAGAGCAGCCGGAGCAACCCGUCGACUCGGACGACGAAUGA